GCGAUUAGUUUUGCCUUGGCGCGCAACGGUUGGCUUGACUAAGCUACGCAAGCGCAGAUCUUUCUCAGCAGUACUCGUGUGAUCAUGGCGACUCCGGCCAAAGUAAGCAAAGCGGAGGGGAAAAAUAAUCAUGAAAAUGCAGAUGAGCAAGCUGACAAAGAGCAGCAAGAAGCAAUAGAGCAGAUAGAUGAAGUUCAAAACGAAAUAGACCGGCUAAAUGAGCAAGCAAGCGAGGAAAUACUGAAAGUAGAACAGAAAUAUAAUAAACUACGUCAACCAUAUUUUCAAAAGCGCUCAGAACUCAUUGCAAAAAUCCCUAAUUUCUGGGUGACAGCUUUUGUAAACCAUCCGCAAGUCUCUGCUCUGUUAAACGAAGAGGAUGAAGAAGCCUUACAAUACCUCACAAAAGUGGAGGUUCAAGAAUUUGAAGAUAUUAAGUCAGGCUACCGAAUAAAUUUUUGUUUUGACAGCAAUAAUCCAUAUUUCGAGAAUGACGUUAUUUCAAAAGAAUUCCAUUUGAAUGAUACGGGAGAACCUUCAUCUAAAUCAACGCCCAUUAAAUGGAAGCCAGGCAAAGACUUGACCAAAAAAUCCAGUCAACCAGGCAAAGGUGGUCGCAAAAGAAACCAUGAGGAGCAAGAAUCUUUCUUCUGUUGGUUUACUGAUCAUGGUGAUGCAGGAGCUGAUGAACUAGGAGAGGUGAUCAAGGACGACAUCUGGCCAAACCCUCUGCAAUACUAUUUGGCAUCAGAAGUAGAGGAGGAUGAAGGUGGUGCAGGAGAGGAUGAGGAAUUAGAUGAGGAAGGCUUAGAUGAUGAAGAAGGUGAAGAAGCAGAGGAUUUUGAUGAAGAAGAUGUUGGGGAAGAAGGAGAGGAAGGUGAAGGUGAUGCCGCUGAAGAUGAGGAGGAAGAAGAAGGCUAGUUGAAGUCAUUCACAACAUAACUGGUACUAUUGCAGUACUAAGUGUAGUAUUGACAGUUGCUAGUUUGUUACCAGCCUCACAAAGUGGUUCAGUAUCGACAUUCCUCCUGUGUUGACCCACUUCAGCCUCUGACUGUCUCUUGUAGUUUCAAGACAAAAGUAAUGUCUUCUCAUCUCCCCUAUUUUCAUUUUUCCUCUACUAUAUAUAUAUAUUUUUUCUUUUUUUUUCCUUUUUAAUUAUUAAUUUUUUUGUCAUCAAUAAACUGUCCAUCACUUCACUUUGGGCACCCUUUUAGAGUUGCUUUGUACUUUUGCUAAAAUGAAGAAAACAUUUCCCGCCCUUUCUUUUCAACACGUUUUGACCUCCUUCACGUUCAUUAAUUCAUCACAUUUUCAACAGGGGUUUCUCAAUAAAGGACAAAGACAUUCA